ACAUUAUGGCAGUAAUAACUAUAAAAGUGGCACUAUUUAUUUACUUAUUUUAUCAUGUAAUUAUAGACAAACAUUUUUUUAUCGGUGCAGUGACAAGAUAUCGAGCUCGUCAGAGAGUUCUUUUAUCGUAAAAGAGUUAUCAUAAAUAGUCAAAAGGAAACGAUAACAUUUCACGCGAUCUGUAGUGACAGGAUAUAAAGAGCUCUUCGGAGAGUUUAUGUAACAGAAAAGAUUUAUUCCACAUUGCCAAAGAAACCAUAUUGAAAAGAAACGAAAUCUUGUAGAGAUAUUUUUUUUUUUUUAAUGUAUUAGAGUAUCGUAUAAUACAAAAGAAAAGAAAGAAGAGAAAGAUACAAAAAAAAUGAAACAAUGUACAGGUAAAUUUAUAACACAUUUACUCUUAAAAGAAAACAGUAAAUCGUACAUUUCGACUGUAUGAGCCUUCAUAAGUCCAGAGCAAGAGUUACCGCAUCGCGUGUGAAAUGAAAAAUUCGAAAGAAUUAAAAGCGCAAUCGAGCUAAUUCAUUAAAGUGGCAACAUUUGCGAAACUUAAUAGAAACUAAAAAUCAUAUAAUACACAACGCUAAAAUUAUUAUACGGGCUAAUAUUUAACAAAAUCAUAUUCCGAGGAUCAUAUCCUGUUUCAGCAUUUACCCUUUUUCUGCUUUAAAAAUUAGAUAAGUGUAUGUGCAAACGUAGGUAGGUCUGAAAAAAGUAUGAAAAAGAGAUGCAGAGCAAUGUAGAAAGUUUCUCUAAGGGUGCGUCCGCAGGGGAGACGCUAUUAGCGCUAUUUGCAUCAGUCCAACCUUGUUUUACAUCUAAUGAACGAUAAAGAUAGAGUAACACAAAUAGCGCUAAUAGCAUCUCCCCGAACGCACCCUGAGAAUCCGGAAUAUCCUCGCGUUAACUUCGGUUGGCAUUUGUGCGACUACAUGUAUGCGGAACGUUUCCAGAAGUUAAUAACACAUUCCACGUCGAUUUAGGACAAGGGGUUGAUGCAUAGAUAACCUCGAUAAACUGAGAUCCUAAGACGCCACGAGGAAACAGAUGACAGAUGAUAGAUAAUUAAACUCCUAUUAUCCGCGGCGCGUUAUGGAGAGAGAUGGCCGCUUAUCAUCGCGAUAUAAACAGGUGUAUCAUCGGCGCGCGCGGCACACACUAAGCAUCACGACGUUACUCAUGACGGACAGCGUACGGUUACGGUGAGCUUCCGCGGGCCGGCCGCUCUGUUUUCGCCACGAGUAAGAGACAUUGGUUGACGGCUGACGAGCCGUUGCGCAAAUUACCCGCGAAAAUCUCGACGGAUCCGCGCGAAUUAAGCGAGUCAACACCUUCCGCCAGCGUGACGGCGUUGAAGUAGACGGAACAAGUGGGAAGUCCAGUCGAAUAUAAAAAGAAACGCACGCAGCACGUGGUGGAAACGCUCUUUCGAAGAUGCCUCGCUUCACGAUUCGUCGUCGAAGAACUGGAAGGCUGACAUUUGCAUGAAAUGCAAAUUCCGAUGUGACGAGACAUCGCGGGAAACAGCCAGUGACGAAAACGACCAAAGGAUAAAGGAUUAUUCCACAUAACUACGAGGUGCCAUGAAAAAACGAACAGGUACAAAAGAGGAGGAGGAGGGGCAUCUGGAAGGCAUCAAGCAACGACGGAACCACCAGAUUAAUGUAGCUGUGUUACAACUCUGCUGCUACGCAUCUGAACCGACUGUUCUGAGGGUCAGAAGAAGCGCGCAGCUCCGAGAAGAAAACUCACUCGACGGACAAUAAUCCAAGAAACCGCCAUGGAAACGCACGGGAACGUUGACAUCAACCGAAUCCAGAAAAUCAUGCUCGACAAACUGGAAUUGGAAUUCAAGCGUUGCGAUCGUGGAAAUAUAUUUGCACCAGGCUGGUGUCCCGAGAUUUGGGACGAUAUACUAUGUUGGAACUCGACGGCACCUGGGCAACUGGUCGUUCAGCAAUGCCCCUCUUACAUCGUGGGUUUCGACUCUCAUGCAUUCGCUUCGAAGCAAUGCAUGCCUAAUGGUGAAUGGUACUGGAACGACAAGACCCACAGUACAUGGAGCAACUUCAGCCAAUGCUUUCCAGAAUCCAUGGUCACUGUCCUGAACAUAACGGACGUCGCGAACAACGCCACUCUCAUUGGGAAAUACUUCCCGAUCGUGAAGACCAUCUCGAAACUCGGCUACUCAAUCUCCCUGUUCACUCUCAUCAUCGCGUUUUGCAUUUUGGCCACUAUUAAUUUGUCUCCCAUCGGACGUAGGAAAUUGCGAUGCCCACGGAAUAUAUUGCACAUGCACCUGUUCGUCUCGUUCGUGAUGCGAGCGUUCAUGGCACUACUGAAGGACAUGCUCUUCGUGUCCGGUAUCGGACUGGCGGAUGCCGUGAUCAAAGUCAACGAGGACUUCUGGGUGCUUGACGAGAAGGAGAGCAAUUGGCAAUGCAAGAUGUUCACCAGUCUGUGGCAGUAUUUUAUCCUUGCGAACUACUCCUGGAUCUUGAUGGAAGGUAUAUAUCUACACAAUCUGGUCUUCUUCGCGCUCUUCACCGAUGCCAACUCGAGCAUCAUAGGCUACGUCGUUUUCGGAUGGGGUUUGCCAGCUAUAUUUAUCUUACCCUGGGUAGUUACGAGGAUCAUAUUCCAGGAUACGUAUUGUUGGACAACCAACGAGAAGCCUCUCUUGUUCCUCUUCAUACGGGUGCCUACGAUGCUCUCUAUUUUGAUAAAUUUCGUGCUCUUCAUCAACAUCGUGAGAGUGCUGCUGGUGAAACUCAAGUCCACCAUGUCGGAGGAAACAGAAAGAUACAAGCGAUGGGCUAGGAGCACAUUAGUUCUGGUGCCGCUGUUUGGCGUUCACUAUGCAUUCUUUAUUGGGAUGUCGUACAGCAUCGGCGUAAACGAGACCGUAGAGAUUGUGUGGCUCUUCUGCGACCAGCUGUUCGCGUCAUUCCAGGGCUUCUUCGUGGCGGUGCUGUAUUGCUUCCUGAACGGCGAGGUGCGGGCCGAGGUGUCGAGGACGCUUCGCGGUAUUAAGUGGUCGCGCGGGAUCCGUUGGGGCCCGAGGACGUCGAUGCAUUCGGUCAGCACGUGCAGCUACAACAACGUCGCGAAAACCAGCGGUCGUCGGAACUCGACGAAAAGGCCCCGUUGGUGGAAGUCGCGCUGGAAGGCGCCGUGUCUUUACCAGGAACGCGCUAUUCGUCGGUCUACCCACUCGAUGGCGAGUACACAAGAUGUUAGAACGAGAGGAGGUAGUUUAGCGAGCAGCCGGGACUAUCUAGAGACGGUCGGUAACGGCCAGCCGCUGCCGAAACAGCCGACGACGCAGGAUCAUCAGGCUCAUCAUAUAUCACCCCUGUGCAGCAACUACACGGAUCAAUCACUGCUAUCCUUCUGCUCGGUGUCGGAUGCGUCGGGACCGAACGUCGACAGAAUUCGCGACCAACGAUGGAGCGACUCUGAAUGCUGUCACCUCGCAUACGAGUUGCACAAUCUGCAGCCGCGACGCGGACAUCCGUGAUAACCCCGCAUUUCACGGCAGGAAGAAAAAAGAAAUGCAUGUCGCAAUUGUUCCAUAAACAUUCAACGCGCGUUCAAACGAAUGCAAAUGCCGUCCUCCAAAACGGAAGGGAAAAAAUUAAGAGGAUUUCUAAAGAUCCUGUUGUAAAUUCUCGAAAAAGCAAAGAGGAUAGAGAAGAAUGACAAACAAGGUCUCUAUAUUCUUUCGCGCAUUUUCUUCCUCUGUCGCGUCUUAUUGUUAGCGGUAAAACAGAGACUGAGCUUUUUUCUUUUAACUCUCCCUGAUGAAAAUUUGUCUUAGAAUUCUUCAUAUAAUUUUUCAGAAUUUUUCUAUAAAUUUUAGAAUUUUUCAAAAUUUCUGUAUAAUCUUAUAAGCUUUUAAAAAAGUCUUCGAAUUUUUUUAAUUUAAACUGAAACCUUUUUUGGAAGUACUAAAAAAGUCUGCAUCUUUUCUAUAAUUUUUUACGUGCCUAAACUCUAAAAUAUUCUGAGAUUUAAGAUUUUUUAUUCAAUAAUUUCCGAAAAAAAUCUAUAAAUUUGGAAACGUUAAAAAGUUUUUUCAGAAAUCUUCACAAAUUUAAUAUAUGAGAAAUUUUCAAAAAAAAGUAUGAGAAAUUAUGAGAUUUUUUUCACCAGGGCUAUCAUCUCUUUUACAGGGAUUCCGUGUUAUUCGCGCAGCUGUCCGUGUCGUAAAUCUUAAUUCAUGCGAGUUUAUGUGUAUGAUAAUAUAUACAGACAGUGUUCGAUAUUUUAAUACUUUUAGAGAUUCAUACAUAGAAAGAAUGAUUUUUUUGCUGAAGUAUUUAAAAAUUUAUCUAAAUGUAGAUCUAAAAAUAAUUUUAUUAUACCAUUAAAAUUAUACCAUGAAGGAUACUUAAGUGUGGUCACAAUAUAAUACUGCAAAAAAAAGUUUGACAUUCUAAUAACUAGUUUGAGCGUCUUACAAAAUUAUUUUAGAAUUCAACAAAAUUAUUUUCAGAUCUGUAUCUAGCUAAAUUUUUAGAUAUUUCGGCAAAAGAACUAUGUAGGAAAGUUGAACUUUCAACAGUUUCUUAUCGACGUAUCAGUGUUUCAAAAUGCGACGCGUAAUUCGUAAUUUAUACCUGAGCCAGGUUCACUGAAAAUACUGAACUGCUAAAUGCUCUGCUAUUCGCAACAAUUUCCAUGCAUACAUAAUAGUAUAAAUAAAAGCUGCUCGAACUUUGAUACGGUCAUACCGCCGCGCAUCACAAGUCUGUUAUCAGCAAUCCUAUUUGCAGCUACGGUGCACUGCGAACAUCGCAUAAACAUUAGGACGCUUUUACGAAUAUACCUCAUUUAAAUGCUGUGAAAGUUCUAUUUUUACACGCGGUGGAAUGUAGGCUCGGGAUACACACAGUCAUUUUCUUCAUUCGUUAUUUAGCGUGAAAAAGUAUCAGUAUUUCUAUUUUUUAAGCGUGCAACAAUAUCGUGAUUGAAAGUCUUGUCCAACAAAUCCUAGCUCUUAAGACUACUAAAUAUGAUUUAAAAAAUCAUAUGUAUAUGAGAUGAUAAAUGUUGGCAAAUUUCUUAUUAAGGAAAGCAUCGAUAGCGCUGCCUAUCGUGAGGAGUGUUAUCAAUUUUAAGAUAAGAGCGUUUCGCUUCGAAAAUAAAUGUUAAACAUUUUACCUCGUAAGCUCUCUCACUACGUGUGUGUAAAUGUGUUUAUAUUUGUAUCGAGAUCGACUACACAAAUAUUUGAUGUACAACUAACAUAAUCAAUUUAAUGUAUAUAAUGAUGAUAUAUAUUAAAAUGAAAAAAAGAAUGAA